AUGCCGCGCGACGCCCACUCACACGCCCACCGCGUCGCGGCAUACCCCGCCCACGCACCGAAGCGGCAUCAUGGGGACGACCGAGGGGAGCGGUCGUCGUCUCCAGCCCGGUCCUCAUCGUUACGGCGGCGGGGCUCAGCCAAUGCCGCUGCUGCGCGGCGUAACGGCGCCUCGUCCAAUGGCGCCGACCACUCCCACGACUUCAGCUACGACCUGACCUCCGACCCGGAGUCUAGCGGAGCAGCGUCGAGCUCCCCGUCUCAUAAGAAACCGGCGCGGAGCGCGACGCAAAUGGCCGGCGAGGAUCUGUACAUCCGCUUGAAUGAUCGGGAGGACUUUUGGGCCGAGCUUGAGGCUUUGCUCGAGUUGCCGGAGGGAUGUGACCUCGUCAUGCUCGAUAACACCAUCAGGAUGUUUGUGACGAUCUGCGGGGCUUAUCAUGACCGAUACCUCCGGGAUCAGCACGAGAUGAAUGUCGCGAUCGACCUGCUCCUGAGCUCCGAGCUCUUCACGUAUUACCGCGAGCGCAUGGUCGGGAUCAUGAUGGGCGAUGCGCAGGAGGCAUCCGAGCCUUUUCCGGAGCCACAGGAGGUGGUACAAGCUGCUGCCGACGCUGGGAGAGGUCGUGGGGAUGGACUACGAGGAGUGGCUCGCUACCGCUCGCCCGCUCGCGACCCCGCUGACACCCAGAACUUCAUUCUCGGCCUGCCCUCCAUCGAGACCCGCUUAAGGCUGCCCGCAACCAACCUGAUGUACGAAGUGUGCCGGGUCCAGCGGCUGAACGAGAGCGAGCUCGCCAUCUUCGACGACCGGUUCAUCGACCACCUGUUCGACCUCGUCGAGACGACGCGGAACAACCAAGACGAGUCGCUGAACUGGGCUGUGAUCCGGCUGAUCUGCGCGCUAAACGAGCAAUUCAUGGUUGCGACGCUGCCAAAGAAGAAGGUCAACACGGCGAGUACGCGAGACCUGCCGAGUUUGGCGGAACACGACAGUCCCGAGCGAGCCGUCCGGACGCGGGCACACAGCGCAUCCCCGGCACCGCACAGCCAGGUCCUCGAGGACGACGGGAAGAAGCACAACCGCGUGCUUGUGGUCCUGAUGCGACGGCUGGGGAGCAGCAAGACGUUUGGCGAGAACGUCAUCUUCAUGCUGAACCGGAGCGAGAACACGCAGACGGGCCUCUGCCUGAAACUGCUCAUCCUCAAGAUCCUCUACCUGCUGUUCACGACGGAGGGCACAUCCGAGUACUUUUACCUGAACGACCUGCGCGUGUUGCUCGACGUGUUUAUCCGUGAACUCGUCGACCUGGACGAGGACCACGAGGCCCUGCGGCACACGUACCUCCGCGUACUCUAUCCACUCAUCGCAUUCACGCAGAUGAAGCACGACCCCUACAAGCGCGAGCAGAUCAAGCUCGUCCUCCGCUCCCUCGUCGGCAACCAGCACUUCAAGGACGUGAACUUGACGACGAAGCGGCUUGUGGAGCGCUGUCUCCGGCAGGCCGAGGCUCCGCUCGAGGAGCUCUGCCUCGGAAGCGUGAAGGAUGCGCUGCUCUCGUCCGGCUUCGGGGGUCCGGGGGAGUUCGACAGUCCCGUGGACGUUGAGGCCGGGUCGUCCCCCACCUUGAACCGAACAGCGAAGGAGAAGAAAGUAGGCUCGAUGGACAGCUACGAGGCGACGACGCGCGCGCGGCUCGGUGUCCCCAGCAGUGGGCCUAUACGCAACUCGUCCCUCGUCGAUCUGAGCAAGACGCUCGAGGAACGAGGCGACUCCGUCACGCCCCUCGAUCGCAGCCAGACCAACACCCCCACAGAACGGAAACCGAGACGCAAAGCGCCCGCUCCACCCGCCGCUAAGCGGAAACACUCGGUCACGAGCACUACCAGCAGCGCCAGCGUCGUUAGUGACGGCCCGAGCGGGUGGAUCACCUUCAGCGCGUAG